AUUUUCUGUAUCAACUUUUGCCUCCUGUCCUUAACCAUCUUACCUCCACCAAAGAAAUAAAAUGGGAAAAGUUCAAAAGAAGUCGGCGAAGGGACGUUUGGAUAAGUGGUAUAAGCUUGCCAAAGAGCAAGGGUAUCGCUCCCGUGCUGCGUUCAAGUUGGUCCAAUUGAACCAGAAGUUUAGUUUCUUAGAAAAAGCUAAAGUGGUCAUCGACCUUUGCGCUGCUCCUGGUGGUUGGCUACAAGUAGCAUCUAGAGCUUGCAAGCCUGGAUCUUUACUUGUUGGUGUUGAUUUGGCUCCUAUCAGAGCUAUUCCGAACUGCCAAACAUUUGUAGAAGACAUUACUUCUGACAAGUGCCGCUCACAAUUACGAGGUAUUUUGAAGACAUGGAAAGCCGAUGUAGUUUUGCAUGAUGGUGCUCCAAAUGUUGGUGCCGCAUGGUUACAAGAUGCUUACGGUCAAGCGGAAUUGGUAUUGAUGUCCAUGAAACUUGCCUGUGAAUUUUUGGUUCCCGGCGGUACAUUCGUCACUAAAGUUUUCCGUUCCCGUGAUUACAACAACCUUCUCUGGGUAUUCAAACAACUCUUUAACAGAGUUGAUGCUACUAAACCUCCUUCUUCGCGUAACGUGUCAGCAGAAAUUUUUGUUGUAUGCAGAGGUUAUAAGGCUCCACAAAAAUUGGAUCCCCGUUUUACUGAUCCCCGUGCUGUAUUCGAAGAAGUUACAGAACCAACUCCUAACGUAGAGGCAAAGGUCUUUGAACCUGAGAAGAAAAAAAGAAACCGUGAAGGUUAUGCUGACGAUGACUACACACUUCACAAAACUGUGUCAGCAUCAGAGUUCGUGUUAGGAAAUGAUCCAAUUCAAAUCUUAGGUACAUCCGCGGAAAUUGUCUUUCCUGAAGAAGAUGAAGAUUCUAAACGAUUAAAAAACCUGGAUAUAACCGAUGAGGAUGUGCUGAUCUACUGCUCUGAUUUACAAGUCCUAGGAAAGAAAGACUUUCGCGAUUUGCUGAAAUGGCGACUUAGAGCUCGUAGUGAGCUGGGUCUAGGCAAACGCCCUGAAAAUGAAGAAAAAACUGUUGUAGAAGAGAUUCCCCAAGUUGACGAAGAAACACAAAUGGAUCAAGAAUUACAACAUUUGAAUGAAGCUGAACGCGCUAAAGUGAAACGUGAGCGACGUAGGGCAAAUAAACAUAAACAAAAAGAAAUCGUCAGAAUGCAAAUGGGAAUGGAAGCCCCCAUGGAGAUUGGUAUGGAACAAAGCGAAAUGGGAGACGAUAGCAUGUUCGGAUUAUCUACUGCCGAAAAGCAUGGCCUAAGUAAAUUAUCUGAUGCCUCCACCCCGGAAAUUGUUGCUACUGAAGAAGAGAAUGAGGAUUCGGAGGAAAGCGAAGAAGAAUACGAUAGUGAAGAUGAGCAAGAACGCCUUGAAGCCGAGUUGGAUUCUAUGUAUUCUCAGUACACUGUUAGGAAAGCAGAAUCAGAUGUUAAGUAUAAAGUUAAACGAUCUAGAGGAGAUGUUGAUGAUGAAGAAUGGGAAGGAAUUCAGGAACCAACCAGUGACAACGAAGAAGACAAGUCGGAACAAUUUUCAGAACGAGAUGAUGAGCGUCUUCUUACUUCUCUUAAUAAGAAUGAAUCAGGUAAAAAUGGUUUAAGUAAGAAAGCAUCUCUAUUUUUCGACCAAGACAUUUUCGAUGGUAUAGGUGACGAAGACGAUGCUGACAAGGAAAUCGCUACCAUGAAUGCUGCUGCUAAAGAACAAAGAUCAGCUCCAAAGGGAAAUGAAGAUGACAGUGACGGUGAGGAAAAAAGAAAUCGAAAGGAAGAGAUUGAGUUGGUUCCUUCUGUUGCCGCUGAAGAAAAAGAAGACGAUUGGGAUUCUGAUUCUGACAAUGAAGGCGAAAAUGUUGACAUCGUAACAGCCGAAGCAAUGACCUUAGCACAAGAUAUUGCUUCUCAUAGAAAGUCAAAAUCUGAUCUUAUCGAUGAUGGUUACAACCGUUGGUCAUUCCAGCCUAAGGAAGGACUUCCAGAUUGGUUCCUUGAUGAAGAAAAUCAUCACAACAAGCCCAAUAAACCCAUUACGAAAGAAGCCGUUAUGGCUUUGCGCGAGAAAAUGAAGACUAUCAAUGCUCGCCCUAUCAAAAAGAUCCUUGAAGCUCAGGGUCGUAAAAAGAUGCGUACUAUUAGACGUAUGCAAAAUGUUUCUAAGAAGGCUGAGGGUAUCACUGAGAGUGGUGAAAUGACUGAGAGUGAAAAAUCUAAGGAGAUUGCCCGCCUUAUGAGCCGUGCAAUGAAGUCGAAGCCCAAACAAAGGCCAGCACUUGUUGUUGCUAAGGGUGCUAACAAAGGUAUCCGAUCUCGUCCAAAGGGUGUCAAAGGUAAAUACAAAAUGGUGGAUCCUCGUAUGAAGAAGGAACUUCGUGCACAAAAACGUCUUGAUAAGAAAAAACGUAAAUAGACGGUUUUGUGUAGAAGUAUGCUUUAGGAUUAUUAAAGGUAUAGGUUUCAUAUAAUUUUGGGUAAUAGAACUAUGGUUAUAUAUAUUUCAACUGAAGUUUAAAAAUCUUUUUUAUCUUAUUAUACAUAAAGCUUUGACUUCACAAGUUCUUCAUUAAUAUAUUUAUAUGUAGUAUUAUGCAGAUAAAGGACUAUAGAUGAUUUUAAAAUUACGAG